AUGGGAGACUGGAAUUUCCUUGGAGGCAUUUUAGAGGAGGUACACAUUCAUUCCACUAUAAUUGGAAAGAUAUGGCUAACAAUCCUCUUCAUAUUUCGAAUGCUUGUCCUCGGAGUGGCAACUGAGGAUGUUUGGAACGACGAACAAUCAGAAUUUAUAUGCAAUACUGAGCAACCUGGUUGCAGAAACGUGUGCUAUGAUGAGGCCUUUCCCAUCUCUCUCAUAAGGUACUGGGUCUUGCAAGUUAUAUUUGUCUCUUCCCCUUCCUUGGUGUAUAUGGGUCAUGCCUUAUACAGACUAAGAGCCUUGGAAAAAGAGAGGCAAAAAAAGAAAGCUCAGGUGAGAGUGGAACUCGAAAGCACCGAAUUAGAAAUGACUGAAAAUCGGAAAAGGCUGGAGAGAGAACUCCGGCAAUUGGAUCAAAGAAAGCUAAACAAAGCACCCCUGAGAGGCUCUUUGCUCUGCACUUACGUGAUACAUAUUUUCACCAGAUCUGCAGUGGAAAUUGGUUUUAUGAUUGGGCAGUAUCUUCUUUAUGGCUUUCAUCUAGAUCCCCUUUAUAAAUGUCACAGAGAUCCAUGUCCAAACACAGUUGACUGCUUUGUAUCUAGACCAACAGAAAAGACAGUGUUCAUAUUAUUCAUGCAAUCAAUAGCGACUGUAUCACUGCUUUUAAAUAUCCUAGAAAUUAUCCACCUAGGAUUCCGAAAAAUUAAAAUGGGACUCUGUGGGCAGAAUAAAAACAAGGACGACCCUGACAAUUUCCACUUAAACAAAUCUAAGAAAUACUCUGUGAUCCCGCACUCUACUUUGGGAAUAUCCACUACCCCUCAAAAAAAUCUUCCUUCUGUACUUAGCGGUUAUGCCUUUUUAAUGGAAAAGCAAACUGACACUGCCAUCUACCCGGUUCUAAAUUCUCCUCCAAUGUUUCAGUCUGUGCAAAAUAACCAUACAGAAAGCAGCAGUAAUUACACCCAUCGCAAUCAGGAAAAUAAAUCGCCAAAGAAGAGGCCAGCUACAAAUGCUACAGACAAUCAGAGUCAAAAAACUAGUGCAAAUAAUAAUGAAGGCUUGCUUGGCGAGCUUGGGACUGAAGUGCAUGGUGCCCAAAAAGAAGCUGAAAAGAAACAUUUCCUUAUCAGUACUCAGAAUGCAGAUGUAGCUUCAAGCAUGUGCCUGAGAAGCUUUGCCGAAAUGCCAUCUCAAACUUCACUGCAACCCGCUACAACUUUUCCUGUUACCGGUUUCAGAAGACAACAUGGAACCGGUUCGUCUUGGAACUGUUCGGCGAUGGUUGAGUGUGCAGGAGCUUCGACGAAUUCUCUUCCAAAGAACAGCAACAGAAGACAAGGCAGUUUCAGCGCAAACAAAGCCCAACCUCCAUGCAAUGCUGACGUAAAAAAUUCUAGCCGACCAGACACUCCUGACUCUACGGGGGAGGUGAGCUCAGAAUCUAAAAGAAGUAGAAACUGCGAUAGUCCUAAGCCUUUCUCUCUGUCCAGACGACUGUCACUGUCAAGUAAUGCCAGCAGCAGGCGUGCCCCCACAGAUCUCCAGAUAUAG